AUGAUGAGUGAUACUGCGGAGGCUCACUCUACCACGUCUCAGCCUCUGACGGAGGAGCAUCGGAAGCUUGUCUUCUCUUUUAUGCGCAUGCUUCGUGGGGUGAAUUCACCCGACCCGGAACGCGUGAACACCAUUGUCAAACUGCUUGGAGAUGAAUAUGGCGUCAACCCCGCCGGUGUGGGCGGAUGUCAUGACACCGGAGUGGAUGUUUUUGAGGCCUUUUGCCAGGCGCUUCAGAGUCAAGAGUCGAAGGAAAACAUACAGCAGAAUGAGAAGUUUAAGGCAUUUCUCGAUCUCAUUCAGAAGAAGGGGUACUUCGCAGGGGCAGAGCCCGGGACGGAAGAGUAUGCAAGCCGCUUGGAGAAGGCAAAGCAGAAGUUUGAGAUGCGGAACAACCCGUACCAAGGGAUGAGCGCAGAAGAGAUUAAGAACAAGGGCAAUGAGCUAAUGGGCAUGGCAAAGUACAAGGAGGCCAUUGCGUACUAUACGAAGUCUAUUGAGAUGGAGCCAGAGAAUCACGUCUUUUUUGCCAAUCGUGCUGCUGCGCAUACACACUUAAAGGACUAUGACAGUGCAGUUAUUGAUUGUGAACGUGCCAUUGCCAUUAAUCCAAAUUACUCAAAGGCUUACUCCCGUUUGGGCACAUCACUUUUUUACCAAGAAAAAUAUGCGCGUGCUGUCGAUGCCUUUGCAAAGGCCAGUGAACUUGAUCCUACGAAUGAUCGAUACAAAGAGGACUUGAAACAAGCGGAGGAAAAACUCAAACUUAUGGGAAAUGCUUCACCAGGAAGUUCUGCGGCGGGCGGUUUUCCCUUUGGAGGAGGGGUGCCGGAUUUCUCUCAGAUCGCACAAAUGAUGAACAAUCCCCAGUUUAUUGAGACCACCACACGAAUGUUGGAAAAUCCACAAUUCAGCCAACUGGUAGCAAACAUGGCCUCACGCUUUGGAGGUGGGUCAGCGAAUCCGGAAGAGCUCCUUCAAUCUCUUGGAAGUAUGGGCCUAAGUGGGACGAACGACGAUGGUACAAUGCGCACUCCGUUUGGAAAUAUUAAUCGUGAGCGCCUUGAACAACUUCAGGAGGAGGAGGUAAAAAACAACCCGAAGUUCCGCGCGAUUAUGGAAGACGUGCGACAAAAUGGAUUUCAGGCAUUCCAGAAAUACAUGGGAGACCCUGACGUCAUGGAUCUGAUGGUUCGGUUUCAAAACACCAUCAUGGGUGGGAACAACGCAAAUUCAUCUCCAUAA